AUGUCGGAGACUUCUGAAAUUGAGGAUGCUGAUUGGUUUUUGAGCGCCGUUUUGUAUUUGGCUGCAAGUUUUGUCGUCUUGUUUUUUGUCAGGUAGGAAAUUUGAAUUUUUGAAAUUAGCGCCUUGGAAAAUUAGGCGGGAAUUUUGAAUUUUUCAAAAAAAUUCAUCUGGAGCUCAAAAAAUGCUCCUAGAAGCCUAUAAAAGCAUCUAAAUGGCCCCCGGAAGCCCUAAAAGCCUUCCAGAAGCCCUAAGAGCCUCUAGAAACCUCUAGAAAGCCCUAAUGGUCUCCAUAAGCCCCUAGAGGCCUUUAAAAGCCCCUAGUGGCCCUAAAAAAGCCUCCAGGAAGCCCUAAUGGCCUCUAGAACCCCUGGAAAGCCUUAAAAAGCCCCCAAAAAGCCUCCAGAAGCCCUGGAAGCCUCUAGAAGCCCUGAAAGCCUCCUGAAGCCCUAGAAGCCUAUAAAAGCCUCUAGAAGCCCUAAGAGCCUCUAGAAGCCUCUAGAAAGCCCUAAUGGUCUCCAGAAGCCCCUAGUGGCCCUAAAAAAGCCUCCAGGAAGCCAUAAAAGCCCCUAGAAGCGUCUAGGAGCCCCGGAAGCCCAAAAAAGCCUCCAGAAGCCCUGGAAGCCCAAAAAAUGCUCCUAGAAGCCUCCAGAAGCCCUGGAAAGCCCUAGAAGCCCUGGAAAGCCUUAAAAAGCCUGUAAAGCCUCUAGAAAGCCUACAGAAGCCCUAGAAGCCUAUAGAAAGCCCUAAUGGCCUCUAGAUCCCCUGGAAAGCCUUAAAAAGCCUGUAAAGCCUCUAGAAAGCCCCUGGAAGCCUCUCGAAGCCUCUAGAAGCCCGAAAAGGCCUCUAGAAGCUCUAGAAGCCACUAGAACCCAUGGAAAGCCUUAAAAAGCCUGUAAAGCCUCUAGAGGCCUAAAAAAGCCUCUAAAUGGCCUCCAGAAGCCCUAAGAGCCUCUAGAAAGCCUCCAGAAGCCCUAGAAAGCCUUCCAGAAGCCCUAAAAGUCUCUAGAAGCCCUAGAAGCCUCUAGAACCCCUGGAAAGCCCAGAAAAGCCCCCCAAACCCCUCAUUCAUUCCAGAAAAUUCUUCAAAGGCGGUCAAUUCACCGAACGAGUUUCCGCCAAGAAUUUGAUCGCAGUUGUGACCGGAGCAAAUUGUGGAAUUGGUUUCGAAACUGUGAAAGAGCUCAAUUUACGAAAAGCCAAGGUUUACAUGCUGUGCCGGACCGAAGAGCGGGCUUUUGAGGCUCGUGUCGAGCUCUCGAAAAAAGGAUGCGAUUCUUCGCGGCUCAUUUUCAUUCAAUGUGAUUUGGACAAUUUUGAGAGUGUUCGAAAAGCGGCCGAGCAACUAUUGAGCCUUGAAAAGCAUAUUGAUAUUCUGGUGAAUAAUGCUGGAAUUAUGUAUCAAUCGAAAUAUGGGAGUACUGUAGAUGGACAUGAGCGAACUUGGCAAUCCAAUUAUUUGGGACCAUUUUUGUUGACUGAACUUUUGCUGCCAGUUUUGAAGAAAUCGGAAAAUGGUGGGAGAAUUGUGAAUGUGUCAAGUAUGCUCCAUCGACAAUCUGCAAAAAUUAAUUUGGCUACGGUGGAUGAGAAGAAGAGCUAUGGAAUGAUGAAGGCUUAUAAUCAGAGUAAACUUGCUAAUGUGAGCUUUGAUAUUUUUGAAUAUUUGAAUUUGGCGGGGAGUUUUGAGAGGCGCGAAAUUUGAAAAUUUGAAUUUUGCGCCUUGACAAAUUGAGCGCGAAAUUUGAACUUUUGAAUUUCCCGCCUAAUUUUUCAAGGCGCGAAAUUCAAAAAUUCAAAUUUCCCGCCUGAUUUUUCAUGGCGCGAAAUUUGAAAAUUCAAAUUUCCCGCUUGAAAUUUGGUAAGGCUUCUAGACCCAGUUUUUCAGUUUCUAGACCAUUCCAAGAUGUCGGCUUCAAGAUGUCGGUUUUUUUAGGCUUGCGGACUAGUUUUCCAGAUUUCUGGCCGAAUUUUUGGACAUUUGGUUUUCUAGGUCAUGUGUAUAGUCUAGUUUUCUCGCCUAAUUUUAUGAAGUCGCCAAAUUUGAAAAUUCAACUUUCCCGCCGCGCGAAAUUUGAAUUUUUGAAUUUCCCGCCUAAAUAAUGGCUUUUUGAACCUUUAAUAGGAUUUUUCUAUAAUAUGAGCAAUGCUGGAAUUUUUUAGAAGCUCGGGAUUUUGAAUAAUCCACGUGGCAUUUUUUUGGUGCGAAAUUUGAAUAUUUGAAUUCCGCUCUCAAUUUUUGCACCCGCGAAUUUCAAAAAUUCAAAUUUCCCGCCCAAUUUUCGAUGCCGCGAAAUUCAAAAAUUCAAAAAAUAUUUGCAGGUAAUGCACGCCCGUCAAUUAACCAAAAUUCUACGCAAAGAGGGAACUCACAACGUGCUUGUCAAUUCUCUUCAUCCCGGAGCCGUAAAUACUCCACUCAUCAGAAGCACAUUUUUGUAUUUGAAAGGAAUCAAAGAGCUCACGGCACCUUUCAGAUGGUUCUUCCUGAAAACUUCGAGAGAUGGAGCACAAACUUCGCUUUAUGUUUCGCUGAGCAAAAAAGUUGAUGGAAUUAGUGGAAAAUAUUUUGCGUGAGUUGUUGAUUUUUGGGCUGAAAAUUCAUCUAAAUCGCUUCGAGACCCGAAAAAACGCAAAUUUUGCUAUAAAUUUGGGUCCUACAGCGAAUUUGACUACUGUAGAUCGAAUUUUCGCGGUAAAAAGCAAUGGAAUUCAAAAAAUCCGGAAUUUAGCUAUAAAUUUGGGUCCUAAAGCGAAUUUGACUACUGUAGAUCGAAUUUUCCUUGUUGACAACCAAAAAAAUCGAAAUUUUGCUAUAAAUUUGGGCCCUAGAGCGAAUUUGACUACUGUAGAUCUCUCCAGGACCAAAAUUCGAGCGAAAUUUGGGAUUUUUUGAAUCCUGUCGAUUUUUGGCGCCAAAAUUUGAUCUACAGUAAUAAUAUUCGCUUUGGGACCAAAUUUAGAGCAACAAUUUUAAACUUUGGGUUUUGAAGCGAAAUUUUGAAAUUUUGGCGCCAAAAACAAGUUUGCCACGUCAUCACAACUCUAUUUUUCUCUGCACAAUCGUCUCUAAACUAGUCUCUAGUCCUCACAAUGAUUUUUGCCACGUCAUAACUCAAAUCAAUAUUUUUCUUCAGCGACUGUAAAUUGGCUACCGAAUCCGAAUUGGCUUUGGAUGAUCAAGCCUGUGAAGAUCUCUAUAAUUAUAGUCUGGAGCAGGUUGGACUUGAGAAGAAGUGA